UUCCAAAAGAAGAAGAAGAAGAAGAAGAAGAAGAAGAAGAAGCAGCAGCAGCAUGGUGGCUCCCUGAGUGUCCAUGUGGCUCCGAAUAUAGAAAAACUCCUUCGUAACUUCACUGUAACUUGUUGAAUAUCACCGAGGACAGAAGAGGAGUCGGUGGUGAAGCUGCGAGCAGCUCUGACAGGAACUCAAAAUGCAACACGACGACGUGAUCUGGGACAUUAUCGGGAACAAACAGUUCUGCUCCUUCAAAGUCAAGACGAAGAGUCAGAGCUUCUGUCGUAAUGAGUACAACAUCACAGGGUUGUGUAACCGCUCGUCCUGUCCGCUGGCCAACAGCCAGUACGCCACCAUCAGAGAGGAGAAAGGUCAGUGUUUCCUCUACAUGAAAGUGAUCGAGAGAGCAGCUUUUCCUGCCAAGAUGUGGGAGAAGGUGAAGCUCAGUAAGAACUACGAGAAAGCUCUGGAACAGAUCGAUGAGAAUUUGAUCUACUGGCCUCGAUUCAUCAGACACAAAUGCAAACAGCGUUUCACCAAAAUCACUCAGUACCUGAUCCGCAUGCGCAAACUGGUCCUCAAGAGACAGAGGAAGUUGGUUCCUCUCAGCAGGAAGGUGGAGAGGAGGGAGAAGAGGAAAGAGGAGAAAGCUCUGAUUGCCGCUCAGCUGGACAACGCCAUCGAGAAAGAGCUGCUGGAGCGACUGAAACAGGGAACGUACGGAGACAUCUACAACUUCCCGGUCCACGCCUUCGACAGAGCUCUGGAGCAGCAGGACGAAGAGAGUGAGGAGGAGGAGGAAGACGAGGAGGAGGAGGAGGAGGAUGACGAGGACGUCGGCAAGAGCGAGUUUGUAGCAGAAGAUGAAGUGGAGGAGAGCGACCUGAGCGACUUCGAGGAAAUGAACAAACUUAGGACGAGCAGCGAUGAGGAGGAGCAGGAGUCUAGUGAAGAAGAAGAAGAGGAGGAGGAGAUGGAGGUGGAGACGAAGGCCUCCAGGUCUAAAGGCAAAUCUCCAGCGAACGGCUCGGCGGCGAGGAAGAAGCGAGCUUACGUGGAGAUCGAGUACGAGCGGGAGACGGAGCCGACCCCCAAAAGCAGAGCCACGUAGUGAUGUCACAGCCUCUGCUGCCAAUCAGACUGUUGCUGUCAGUGAGGUCAGCAGACUCUCUGCUGAGGACACACCCCUAAAUGUUCGCACACUCUGGAUCAUCAGUGCGUUUCUGAAACUAUCUGACCUAAAAUCUAAACAGAAUCAAGUUUCAGACGUGAAGAGUGAAACCGGCUGGUUUCUUCACACCGUCGGCCAUCAUUCAUACGAGGAUGGAAACACUGAACUGACCUGAGAUCACCCAAAGUGACUUUCUUUUUCUUUCUGCUUGUUUUGUUGAAUAUUAAAUGUUUAAAUGGUCUUUGCAAACAAAGAAUAAAUCAACUCCCUGUAAACCUGCUUUUAA